AUGUUAAUUUUAACCGAAUACUGUCAGGGCGGAAACUUGAACGACCGCCUCCGUGGAGCGAGCAGCGAUGAGGUCGUAUGCAAGUGGAUUCGUCAAAUGGCAGAAGUUCUUCACUUCCUGCACUCAAGAAAUCUUGUUCACCGCGACUUAAAGCCUGAAAAUGUGCUUCUGACCGAGAAUGAUGAUAUAAAGAUAGGCGAUUUUGGGUUAGCCAGAGAAUUUAUCUCAGUUAAAGAAAUACACCUACAAGGCACGGUGACCACCUACGUCACUUACGCAAGAAACUACAUGAACACGUGUGCCGGUACUCGACAUUGGAUGGCUCCUGAAGUUUUUCCCGGUCCGCAAGGUCAUGGCCACUACAGUGAGAAGGCGGAUGUCUUUUCGCUUGGUAUUCUCUUCUUGGCUAUAUUGGAAAGAGAUUUUAUUGAGUUAAACGGAAAAAGGUAUUAUGGUGCGUUUGGGAAUGUAGCUGAACGCAAAGUCGGCAUCGGGUAUGCAAUGCAUAAACUUGGCCCAGCAGUAGCAGUCAGACUCCAAGCAAGAGGAUCUAACACCGUGCGAAUGAUUGCUCUGGAUGCCCUGAAGUUCGAACCAAAAGAUCGCCCAAGCGCUGCAGAGAUUUGUCAUCGAAUCACCAGUUUCGUUUCCCACAGUCAAUUUUGUCUCUCCAUACCCAGUGAUGUGUACCCUUCUGUGUACCAACCCUUCCACCCAGCCUCCAGUUCUACGUACCAACCCCCCCACCCAGCCUCCGGUACCAUGAACCAACCCUUCCACCCAACCUCCGGUACCAUGUACCAAACCCCCCACCCAGCCUCCAGUUUUAUGUACCAACCUCCCCAUCCAGCCUCCAGUUUUAUGUACCAACCCCCCCACCCAGCCUCCAAUUUUAUGAAUCAACCCCCCCCACCCAGCCUCCGGUACCAUGAACCAACCCUUGACUCAACCUCCGGUACCAUGUACCAAACCCCCCACCCAGCCUCCGGUACCAUGUACCAACCUCCCCAUCCAGCCUCCAGUUUUUGUACCAACACCCCCACCCAGCCUCCAGUUUUAUGUACCAGCCUCCCCACCCAGCCUCCAAUUUUAUGAAUCAACCCCCCUUCAACAAGCCUCCAGUACCUUCACACGAUACUUUAAUUAAUAGCUCAUCUUAUGAAUUCUUCUGAGUUAUUUAAUUAACUGUCAAUUAGUUUUAUUUAUCUCGCAAUGCUUUGAAUUAAGAAACAAAUUAAUAUCAAUGAAUGAAUGAGAUCUGUAAUGUUUUGAAAUGUUUUAAAUUAAUUAGUUGAAUUAGCAUUAAGUUUAGACUAGUAGCUUUUGCAAUAUUGUAAUACCUUUAUGGUCAUGCAAAUAGAGCUUUUGCUGUUGUUGAUGUACCAGCCCUCCCACUCAGCCUCCAGUUCUAUGUACCAACCCUCCCACCCACUCUAGCUUCUGUAGUGUGUACGAAAGCCCCUACCUCAUCCCUGGCAUUUUGCACUCAAGCCUUACACAAUUCCUAUUUCCCAAGACCCUAGUAGUAUGGGCAUCCCCUAGCUGUAACUUUAACCCUAACCCAAAUCGCUAAGGUAAUAUAAGAAGGGAUGCCCAUAUCACUAGGGUUUUGGAAUAGGGGUGCCCAUAUCACUGUAACACGGGCCCGUUCUCGUUUCCAGUUCUAAGUUUUGGCAACACCCUAAAAAGCUGCUAUAUUACGAUAGUGAACUAUAGUGCUGUGGGACGGUUUGCAUACAUCAUUCAUCAUGUUGAUGAAUUCAAAUACUGAACUUAAUAAUUCUCAACUUUGACAAUGAUACUUUAGAAAUAUUUUUUGCCAUGUUUUAUACACUGCUUCUAAUUCCUUGUAAAGCAGGUUUAUUGUUUCUUUUACUCUAGUAUUUUUUGAAAUAGUAGAAGUAAAAGUGCAAGCGAAAGAAAAGGGAAAUUGUGUCCUUGCGAUUUGGCGCUUGCUGAUGCUUGCAUCUUGACCGUGUUCGAGGUAAAUAAAACCAAGGUGUUUAUCCCUGGGCUUGUGUUUUUGCUUGUUUGCGUCGCUAGUGAGAAAUAAUUUUAUAACAAUCAGUUAUGCCCAAUUUGAAAACAGUUGUUUAGAAGUAAGUUGGACAAAAUAAAACAAAAUUUUGGUAGGUGAUAGUAUCAAUGUCCCAGGGAAAUGUUGCCUUCUUAAAACGUUGUCACUGUUAAAAUAUGAGUUCCAUGGAAACGAUGACCCAGAAAAAUUUGAAGGGGGCAAGGUUUCCAUUAACAUUGGGAAAAGUCAGCACAUGGUACUUGUCUGGGGGACUACUGUGUACUAUUUUGUAGUACGGGUGAUUUUACUUGAACUGUGAAAUGGGUAGAAGAAUUCUACGCACUAUUAUGCACUAAUUCUGUUAUCUUCUUUUGUUUACCUCUCGCUAUAUUGCACUAUAAUUUGUUAGUAUCUGUUCCACGGUUCAAGUAAAACCAUGAUUCUAAUGAGUGGAAUAAAUGUUUGUUUGUAUACCUUAUUUUAGGCCAGGUCUUAUAUUUGGGAAUUUCCUCAUAAAUAAGACAGUAACUUACACUCUACGUACAGUUUGAAAAUAAAUCUGGCCACUAUACUAUUCACUAGAACAAAAUUCAACAAAGGGAAAGAAGUUAGAGCUGAAACCUUUACGAAAAAAAAAGGAAACUUAAGGUAAAACAAACCGAAUAUGAAAACAAGCAAAAUACAGAAAAAAAUAUGCUUACAAGAUCUGUACAUAUGGAAGAAAAAGAAGACGUUAAAUACUACAACUGAACUAGCAACAAUAGACCUAAUCGACUUACGAAAAUUUAAUAAUGAUUACGUAACGCGUUGCCAAGAAUAGAGGUAUAGAAAGAUACACAUGCUGAAAUAGCCAACAAAAAAACUAAACCGAAUCCGAUAACAAAAGUGCUUAAGUUAAACAAACUACACACAGCAUCAACUGUACGGGACACGCCCACAAAUUAAAAACAGGGAAUAUUCAGAUUCCACAUUGGGUGCGGCCAGCAUGGAUAUUUCCAAAGGGGUUAACCCAUGGUUUUUAAUUGUGGAACGUCGAAAACAAGCCGGAUUUUGAAAUUAAGUACAACCAUCAAGGAUAUUUGAAAAGUGGUUAACCCACGGAAUUUGUUUUACGGGUGUAACUUAUGAUCAGAGUGUGACUUUUGGUGACGUUAAGUGUUAAAAACGUCGAAAAUAUAAUUUACCAAGAUAUCGAUAUUGGGUGGGCCAUCUUGAGAAUUCAACAAAGAGGUUAAUUUAUGACAGAAACAUUUUCUUCUGCCUUCUGCCUAUGGGGAAAACUUUUAAUUUUUUUUUUGUGAGUGUGUAUGACCAACUAAAAUAGAUUUUAAAAUGACAUCUGGUAGUUUGUAUAGGGCAAUAAAGACCUUAUACAGAUCUCCCGGUCAUAUUUCAUCUUAUGCCGAGUGGAAUUUCGAUAUGUAACGAACCUAUAUAUAACGAAGUCCUCGGUAUAAACGAACAAUAUUGUCCGCCUCAGUAAUAGUGAAAUAUGUGAAAAAGAACCUCGAUACAACGAAGUCUCGUUAAAACGAGCAUAUUUUGCAAGUCCCUUGGCCUUUAGUUAUAUCGACGUUCUACUGUGCCUAAAAUUGAUGUGAAUGUUAUAAAGUGGAAUCCGGAAAACAGCUGAACUCCUGUUAGCUCCUGUUGGACAACGGUAUCAGCCUUCUUUGUGAGCGUAAUUUGAGAUCGUUAACAACUCCUGAACAAAUUAAAGAAUAUUUGGGUAUGAUUUUAGCCCUGCUUAGGUGAAAAUCCAUAAAUAACAAUGACCAAGACCAGCUUUUAUGAGUCCGUGAGAUUGAUCAUGAACCCCCCAACCAAACCCUUGUUUUCACUAAAACCGCUGGACGCCAGCCUGUUUGAGGUCAUUGUUAUCUCAGUUAUCUAAGGUCUUCCUAGCCUCCCCGCAGACGUCCUUUGGGGUUCGUUUGUCACGCAUUCAUUUCUCCCCCACGGAGAAAUGAAUGCGUGACAACGAACCCCAAAGGACGUCUGCGGGGAGGCUAAGGUCUUCCUGCUUAGGUAGCCAAAUACGAUCCGGAGGAAUAACUAAUUUAUUCACAAAAAAGGCCACGUAUUCGUGGCUUUAACAAAUCUUAUAAAAAAACUUAUGCUAUAAGGGGGUUAGUCUGUUCCUACAUCAACAUCAUCGGACAUUCAUUGUCUUCUUUUGUUAGCAGACUUCAUUACGUAAGGCCCGAGGGCACUGAAUUCAUUCCGAUAUAAAUAAUUACACUAUGGGAGUUAAAUUUGCAUUGAGUCAAUAUAAGUGUCUUGGACUGUACGCUUGAAGCAAACUACAGAAUUACGUCACUUGUUUAUGACUUCGGUAAAGGCUAUUCACAAGCAAGGAUGAAGUUCUUGGCACUAGUAUAUAAACCAUAGACGACCGAUCAACAUUUGGUUUACUUGGAAACGCAGUGAAGUGCUAAGUGGGCUUUGUAUUACUUUUAGAUAGGCCGCAAUCACAUCUCGUUUACACGCCGAUCGAACAUUUGAAUUCGUACUAG